AUGAGCGUAGGAAGGGCCCACCACCACCGCAGCUUUCUGUCCUGUGAAGAAGAAGGAGUCAGACUCAGCACCAUGCUGGCCGUGGGCAGCUUUGGCAAUGGCAAGAUCCACACAAGACGCAAAGGCCACAGCCGGUUUGUCAACAAGACUGGCCAGUGCAACAUCCACUUCUCGAACAUGGACGAGAAAUCCCAGAGAUAUAUGUCAGACAUUUUCACUACUUGCGUGGACAUCCGCUGGCGGUAUAUGUUCCUGCUGUUCAGCCUGGUGUUUGUGAUGUCCUGGCUGACGUUCGGCUUGGCCUUCUGGGUCAUCGGCCUCCUGCAUGGUGACAUGGAGAAAAACAGAGGGGAUUUUGUUCCCUGUGUCACACAGGUAAACACCUUCGUGACGGCCUUCUUGUUCUCCAUUGAGACCCAGACGACGAUCGGUUACGGAGCUCGCUGCGUGACGGAGGAAUGCCCAGCGGCUGUCUUCAUGGUGGUCUUUCAGUCCAUCAUGGGCUGCAUCAUCGACGCCUUCAUGAUUGGCGCCAUCAUGGCCAAGAUGGCGCGGCCAAAGAAGCGUGCUGAGACUCUGCUGUUCAGCCACAAUGCGGUGAUCGCCAUGCGGGAUGGGAAGCUGUGCCUCAUGUUCAGGGUUGCCAACCUGAGGAAGAGCCACAUUGUAGAGGCUCAUGUUCGGGCUCAGAUGGUGAAGCCCCGCUACACAGAGGAGGGCGAGUACAUCCCCCUGGAUCAAAUCGACAUGAACGUUGGCUAUGAUAAAGGCACCGACCGCCUGUUUUUGGUCGCUCCCCUCACUGUCAUCCAUGAGAUCGACGAAGAGAGUCCUCUGUUUGGCAUCAGCAAGCAAGAUCUGGAAAUGUCCGACUUCGAGAUUGUGAUCAUCCUGGAAGGACUGGUGGAGGCAACGGCCAUGACGACGCAAGCGCGAAGCUCUUACCUGCCAUCUGAAAUCCUGUGGGGCCACCGCUUCGAGCCAAUCAUCUUCGAGGAGAGGAGCCAGUACAGGAUCGAUUACGCCUACUUUCACAAAACCUUUGAGGUGCCGUCCACGCCCAGGUGCAGCGCCAAAGACAUGGAGGAGAGGAAAUUCCCAACGUCUGGCGCCAACUCCUUCUGCUACGAGAAUGAGCUGGCCUUCAUCAGCAGGGAUGAGGAUGUAGAUGGAGACGCUGAGACGGAAAAAGACAAAAGUUGUCCAUCGGAGCUAACCCCAACUGACAGCAUUCAACCAUCUUCUCCAAGAGAAUCCGCACUUUAA